CAGUCUCAGCCAGUUGCUGGGGAACAGGACAGUGUGGGGGGCUUGGCUGGGCCCCUCCAGGCAAGUGGGUUCUGAGGGAGCCUGGCCGGGGCAGGCCCUGGCCUGGAUAAUCGCAGCACUCCCAAGGGGCCAGAGCGAUUCCCCGCCCCAGGACCAGCCCUGGCUGCACUGGUGGCUCAGCCUGGCACACACAGUCACUUCCCAGAGGGCCGCACGGGACGGACAAUUGGCCUGUGAAGUGUUUCUACCCUGAAGUGUAGAAUAGAGCUGUUAAACGGCAAUGGUACCUGUGCAGAAUGUGGAGGACCUCAACCAACAGUGCAGGAAAAUGAGAACAGGGGAGAGUGAUGAUAACAGAGGCGACAGCAGCAGCAACGCCAACCUACACAAGCUUCCCUCUCAGACAGGAUGCGGAACGUUUACUUUUCUGUCAUCUGCCAUUGCUGCCAUCAGUGGAUUCCUAAUGGGUUAUGAACUGGGACUCAUCUCUGGGGCUCUUCUUCAGCUAAGCAGUAUACUAGCACUUUCUUGCAAACAACAGGAAAUAGUAGUAAGCUCCCUCCUCAUUGGGGCCUUACUAGCUUCACUUACUGGUGGAUUCCUAAUAGACCGAUUUGGAAGGAGAAUUGCGAUUAUUAUAGCAUCUUGUUUACUUGUACUGGGAAGCCUGAUCUUGAUACUCAGUACAUCAUAUGGCAUACUUAUUGUAGGACGGAUUGCUAUUGGUAUUUCAAUAUCAUUAUCCUCAAUUGCAACAUGCGUAUAUAUCGCUGAGAUAGCCCCACAGCAUAGAAGAGGUCUGCUUGUAUCAUUAAAUGAACUUAUGAUUGUGAUUGGCAUUCUUUUUGCCUACAUUGCAAAUUAUGUAUUCGCCAGAGUUUCCCAUGGCUGGAAGUAUAUGUUUGGCCUUGUGAUACCAAUAGGUGCCUUGCAAGCUAUUGCUAUGUAUUUCCUUCCACCAAGUCCUCGGUUUCUUGUUAUGAAAGGUAGUGAUGAAGCUGCUAGCAAGGUACUCGGAAGGCUAAGGGCAACUUCAAAUAUUGCUGAAGAACUCACUGUGAUCAAGUCUUCUUUGAAAGAUGAACAUCAGUACAGUUUCUUGGACCUGUUUCGUUCAAAAGACAACAUGAGAGCCCGAAUGCUAAUAGGCCUCACACUAGUGUUUUUUGUGCAAACAACAGGGCAGCCUAACAUUUUAUUUUAUGCAUCCACUGUUUUGAAGUCAGUUGGGUUCCAGAGCAAUGAAGCAGCUAGCUUGGCCUCGACAGGAGUUGGAGUGGUUAAAGUGGUUAGUACAAUCCCAGCCACUGUUUUUGUGGAUCAAGUUGGAAGCAAAACCUUUCUAUGUAUUGGUUCUUCUAUUAUGGCAGUGUCACUGGUCACCAUGGGAUUGGUGAAUCUUAAUAUACACAUGAAUUUCACUAAUAUCUGUAGAAACCAGUACCUGGAAGAUUCCAUUUUUCGUGAACCAGGAAACGUGAGUGCCAGCAAUGAGAGUCUCAAGGAGCAGUUUGCUGGUAUGCCUUCCCAGGGCAGAACAUCAGUAACCACAGUGAGAAAAUCUGAAAUUGCUAAGGCAGAGGAGCAAAACAGCACAGCCUUGGCAGGAGGAAGGACCUCUGCAGCAAGCCAAACAGCAUCCCACAUAGUAAUAGACACUGUGGAAGUUCCAGCUGCUCUGAAAUGGCUGUCUUUGGCCAGCUUGCUUGUUUAUGUUGCUGCUUUUUCCAUAGGUCUUGGACCAAUGACCUGGCUAGUGCUGAGUGAAAUUUUCCCUGGUGGGAUCAGAGGACGGGCCAUGGCUUUAACCUCUAGCAUGAACUGGGGUAUAAAUCUCCUCAUCUCCUUGACAUUUUUGACUGUAACUGACCUAAUUGGUCUGCCAUGGGUGUGUUUCAUUUACUCAAUAAUGAGUCUAGCAUCACUGGCUUUCAUCAUUGUGUUCAUACCAGAGACAAAAGGAUGCUCUUUAGAGCAAAUAUCCAUGGAACUAGCUAAACAGAAGUAUACAAAGAGCUCCAUUUGUUGGAUGGGCCAACGCAGAGAGAAACUAGUGCCAACAGAACUUCCCAAGAGAGAUCCUCAUGAGCCGUUCUACUAGACUGGAGAAGGAUAUUUGUCCAAGGGCUACCAAGACAGUUUCUCUAGAGAACUAAUGCUCAAAACCAUUCUGCAGUACUGACACUACUACACAACACUUAGUCUGUACUCCAUUCUUUAGUAGCUUUAUAUUGUCACUGAAAGAAAAACAUUUAAGAUUUUUGUAGUUUAAAGUUUAUUAGAAUGGCUUAAAGUAAGUAAAGCCAACAUUCCUCACCUCCUCCAAAUUAACCCACCUCUGAAGUAUGGGAGGUGAAUGGGUAUUGAAAUAAAACAAUUAUUAUAUGUAACAUAGGGAUAAUCGCACUCCUAACUUCUUCAACUUUUGGGGACCCUCAGGAAGAUGGAAGGGAUUGAGAUCUCUUCUAUCCUAGCAACUGGAGACAGGAACAAUCAGAGAUGACUUCAAGAUCACUUUGUGUUGCAGCACAGGUCACAUUAGACUGGAAGCCUUGAAUAUAUAAAAGGAAGAAUCUGUGCAGUGCAGUUUGCAGUUAGCAGCUUUAUUAUUCACAUCUGGCCAUGCUGGAGGUCUCCAUGACUCUCUCAGCACCCUUGGCCCAGCGUGCACAAGGUCUUGUGUGAAACUUGGAUUGGAUUUCACUGUCUACUUUAGUUAUUCCAGAGUCAGGAACAUGAAAAUGAUCUUCUGCGAACAAUCACCACUCCCCCUGCGUUAGGCACUAGCUAGCUCAUGGUCAGUUGCUUUGCUGAGCAAUAAGCUUGAUUAACUUUUAAAACAGCAGCAGUAGCAAUUAAAGCUACGUUGCUGAACUUCUAGACUUGGGAUGCUUGCUUGACUGGUACCUGCUAACGGAGUAAAAGCAAAUCAGCAGGACACAAAUGGCCAUUUUCCAGUGCCCUCUUACAUGCUGAGACACAUAGGACUUCAAUCUGUAUUCAGUGAUGACCAUAAUUAACUGGUUGUACUGCUUAGAAAUGUCAAGCUGUAGCUUUCACCAAAUGCAGCCUCCAGCACUCAACAAAAGUAUAUGGAGUGGCCAUGGUGGUUACCCUGGACAGCUCGAGUGGAGAAACGCCUACUCUCUUUGCUAGAAGGUCAUUAAUGUUCUGGUAGAGUGAGCUCUUAGACAACAAAUAAAUGACCCAAACAGAUGGGUAUCAAGUCUUUUUUUAAGGGAAAUCCUGAUGGCUCACCACAAUCAUACAGUGGAGUCUCUUCGCCUCAUGACCAGGAUUUAGUCAAGGAAUCAGAAAUGAUACCUUCAGUUGAUAUUUGAAUGCAACUUUGGGCAAGAAAUGUGGCACUGCUAUAACUACUCUCAUCUCAUUGAAAAAACAGAUUUUUUUGCACAAGAGGAACCGUAAUUUUCCGACCUAUCUGGCCAAAGCUAUAGGCCUACUCAGGAUACAGGUUGUAAAGAAAUUAAGCUUGCCAUUAAGGAUUCAAGAAGUGCAUAUAUUAAAGCAUUGAAUACUAAGUUCAAAUCCCACAGAAAAGCUAGAGAAGAGUCAAAGAUACAAUUUACUAGCAGCUAUUAGGAAUUUAGCUACCUUGGGCUGUGAGCCUACUGAUCACAGCUUCACCUUAUCCUUUAUGCUAUGGAGCCUGAUCUCUCAGAGAAUUGACAUCAAAAUCCUACCCAACCUUUUUAUACAGGAAGUAUCAGUUGUAAUCCAUCGUCCUGCCAACGCAGGAGUUUUAAUACCAUGAUAUUUUCCAGAGCUUUCUUUGUUUUAAAGGCCACAGGCCCUGGAGCUUCCACCAAAUCCCUUAGAUCAUUGCUCCAGAGACUGGUAAAAUCUCAUGGUUGGCCAUUUUUUCCUGACCCUGGUGGUGUGAAUACUCACAUUACCAUGAGUGUCAAUUUUGGGCUGAAUUCUGAUCAAUCAGACAGAUCAAGAAUUUUGCCUGAGUCAUCUGCAGUUUCCCUUUUUGAGCAGAGCUAUAGUCACUGCUUGCGAUACAGAGGUAUUGCUAUGCGCUCUGAGUGGGGCAGAGCCCCAGAGCAGGCACAGCACAACAGCAGCUUCCUCAAACUCCCCCUUUUCCUCCAAAAGCACUACCCUGCAGGAAGGAGGAGUUAAUAGAGAUCGGAACCUUACCUGCAGCCAGGAGGCAAGUGUUGGAAUUGUGGGGGCAGCUGGAGUUGUGCAGUGAGAAGCUAAGGAGUGGGGAGGACCAGAGACAAGUGGAAUCCAGGAGAGCAGGAUGUGUGUGCACACAUACAUUUUGUAGGCAUUCAGGUUUGAAUUUUCAACCUGCCUUUGUUAUAUGCACUUUGAAGAUGGCAAGGGGGUGUGCAGAAGCCAGACCAAAACCUACAAUUUAUUCACCUUUUGAAAGUCUCAGGAAAUUUUGGGUUCAGACUCAUGAUUUUCAAACUCUUCGGGUUGGCCAUACUGUAACUCAGCCUGAAUUUUUCCUUCCCUUAAGGCAUUAUAGGCUGAUUAAUAAUUUAAAAAUACUAGUGUCCUUCCCUAUAUUAAAGCUCCACUUUGGACUAUUGAAACUGAAGAAUA